AUGAACCAGCAACCGCUUAUUACUCAGUAUGUCGACCUAUUAAUCCAGCGACUGCAUGAGAACGCUGAAGGGGGCACGCGGAAGCUGGAUAUGGUAAGCUGGUACAAUUGGUGCACGUUCGACAUUAUCUCCGACCUGGCAUUCGGGGAGCCUUUCGGGUGCCUGCAGAACAGCGAUUAUCAUCCGUGGGUCUCGGCAAUCUUCGGCGCCGUCAAGCAGAACGCACUACUUGGGCUUAUUGGAAGGUAUGCUGUACUUGCGCCGUUGCUGAAGGCAAUGAUACCCGAGUCGGUCAAAAGAAAGGCGCAGGAGCACUUGGACUUGACCUACGCAAAGGUUGAUAAGAGACUUGACUUGGCAACACCUAGGCCUGAUUUCAUUCAGGCAAUGACGAUGAAGGGAGACUUGACCAUGAGCCGGAAGGAGAUCUACGACAACGCUAAUCUGCUCAUCGGGGCCGGGUCUGAGACUACGGCAACAGCGCUCUCCGCUGCAACAUACCUUCUAGCAAUGAAUCCCCAAGUCCUGGGGAAGCUUGUCACUGAGGUCCGGGAGUCCUUCUCUUCAGAAGGUGACAUUGAUUUCGUGAGCGUCCAGAAAUUAGACUACAUGUUGGCUGUGCUAGACGAGACCUUGCGCCUGCAUCCCCCGUCACCUAACGCGAAUCUGAGGUGCGUAUGUGACGGCGGAGAUGUCAUCUGCGACAAGUUUGUUCCUCACGGGACCAGUAUUGGCGUCUGGCACUACGCCAUCUUCCGCGACCCCAGAAAUUUUACUCUCCCUGAUUCGUUCAUCCCCGAGCGGUGGCUUGGCGACAAGCGCUUCGUCAAUGAUAACAAGGAUGCGCUUCAACCGUUUUCGUUCGGACCGCGGAACUGUAUUGGAAAGAAUUACCGAGCUAACUUUACAAGCCUGGCCUACGUGGAAAUGAGGAUCAUCUUGGCUAGAGUUCUAUGGAAUUUCGAUCUCACGAUUGCAGAAGACUCAAAGAAGUGGCAGGAUGAGGAAGAGGUUUACACAUUGUGGCUCAAGGGUGACCUGAAUGUCUAUCUGAAUCCCAGAAACUGA